CAGAAGCAGAAAUCAUUGAGAAACCUGAAGAGUGCACGGAGAAAAGGGGAAUAAGGAAAGAGAAGAAGUUGACUCCCGCGAAAAAGAAAAUUUUGAAAACCCGGGAGAACGUGGAGAUUUUGGACCCGGAAAUUAUCAAGUUUUCUUUUAUACCCACGCCGUUGGACGAAAUGGUUAUUGAUCUUCUAAAAAGGCUAAGGAAGCAAGCUGAUGCUGUUUAUGAAGUAAAUCAAACGAAGGCGCGUUCAAAGAGAACAUUUGUGUGUGGACUUCACGAAUCACUAAAACACGUCAGAGCAGAGAAUGUGAAAUGCGUCAUUGUUGCACGAAAUUUGGAUGACGAAUUAGUUUCAGGACCGUCAUUAUUCCACUCUCUACGUGAUGAAUGCAUAACACGUCGGAUUCCUAUAAUUCAUGCAUCAACGAAAAGAUUGUUGAGUCGAGCAUUGCAAAAAUUUCCGUACACCAAUAUCAUUGCACUGUUUCAUUUCCAUGGAUUUGAGGAGGAAGAGGCUAAAGAUCGAUUACUGCGCUGGGGUAAAGGCGGCUGCUGGAGAGGACUCGGUCCUUGGGGAGACAUCCAGAGAAAUCCGAGCUUUCUUAUGGAUGGGUACGUGCUGCUGGCAUGA